GUUCCUAUGGUGCUUUGAAGGUUGUCGAAGGCGGGAUGUUUAGUUUUAUGACCACUCACAUUUUGUUACCUAAAUUACUGACAUACAAAUAUUAUAAAUAGAUUGAUGCUACUUUGAAAAAUUGUCAAUAAUAACACAAAGCAACCACAUAGUAUUUGCGAUUUCGUUGUAAUUUGAAGACAUUCAAUUUUUUGGCUUAUUUAGUCUUAGCUGGAUUACUUUCUUGUCUUUUGUCAUAUAUAAAUGCAGAGUUAUGGGAUUUUCACUCUUCUGGAAACACCUUGCUUAAUGCAUUUAUUAUAAAUGCUAUAAUGGACGACAUGAGUAAACAAUCUGAUUUCAAGCUAUCGGGGAGUAGUAUCAGGAAUUAUGGCUCUCAGCCCAGGUAUAUGCUGUCCGUUAAUCGCCUCCCCAAACACACUGAUUCUCCUCCUCCUUACUAUAGAUCAGCCAUUAGCUUGGGACCUAAAUCAGGUUCCACAUUAUGGAAUAGCACCACAUCAAGUCUCGGUGGCAAUGUAAAUGACAGAUCAAGUGACUUGAAUGGUCGCUUUUCAAAACUUGAUCUAAAUGAAAGCACUAAUUCAAGUAAAAAGUUGUGCAACGGUUAUCACACUGAUUAUUGCUCGACCAAAAAUCUCCAGUCUAUAGAUCGACGGGAAUUUUCGGAAAUCAAUAACACUUAUAGCAGCAGGAAUUCUGUACGUUGUUUGGACUCUCCAGUAGCUAAUCCUCCUCGUGCACCAAUCAGUCUUCCAGUAAACUCUCAUCACUCAUAUCACAGAGGUGGACUUGUGGGCCUUAACAAUCUUGGAAACACUUGUUUUAUGAAUUCGAUUCUUCAAUGUUUAAGUAAUACAGCUCCGCUUACCGAGUAUUGCUUGGAAGAUCGAUUUCUCAAAGACAUCAAUAAAUCAAGUUCCAUGAAUGGGAUGUUAUUUCAUUCAUAUGCUGAUUUAAUGAAAGAAAUUUGGGAUCCUGAUUUGGCUAAUUCUUCCACUAGUCCAAGUCGAUUUAAAAGUCAAAUUCAACGAUUCGCUCCUCGCUUUAUGGGAUAUUCUCAACAGGAUUCACAAGAAUUCUUACGAUAUGUAUUGGAAGGUCUUCAUAUGGAAGUUAAUCGUGUUCAAAAGCGUCCAAAUCCCAUUAAGCCAAAUUAUGAAGCGGAAGAUUGUCUCCCAGACAAUGAAAAGGCUAAUUUAUAUUGGAAACGAUAUUUAUCUAUGGACAAUAGCGAAAUCGUAGAUCUAUUUGUUGGACAAUUAAUGAGUACGCUUGAAUGUGGUGAAUGUUCAUUCAAAUCAACUACAUUUGAUCCAUUUUGGGAUUUAAGUUUACCAAUACCGAAAAAAUCAAACGUCAGCAUAUUGGAUUGUUUAAAUUUAUUCACAUCUAAAGAAGAACUAGAUGGUAAUGAAAGACCCAUUUGUAGUCGAUGUAAAACUCGAAGAAGAUGUACCAAAAGUUUUUCCAUUCAGAAAUUCCCACAAAUUCUUGUACUUCAUUUGAAACGUUUCUCUGGUGAACGUUUUCGUUCGAAAAUGUCGGUUAUGGUUGAUUAUCCUUUAAGAAAUUUAGAUCUCAUUGGAUUUGCUACUUCAAGUUGCACUCAGAAAUCAGCCCAAUAUAAAUUAUACGCAGUUUCAAAUCACAGUGGAAGUGUUUAUACCGGACACUACACUGCAUCUUGUUUAAAUCCUUAUACAGGUGAUUGGCAUUCAUUUAACGACAGUCAUGUACAUGCAAUCUCAGAGAACUCAGUUGUUUCUGCUGAAGGUUAUGUACUUUUCUAUACACUUAUUCAAUGAAUUAUUUAUUCACUAAAUUGGUUUUCUUCUUUCUUUCUUUCUUUUUUCUCUCUUUUUUGUUUGUUCUUCUUUAUUGUUUUUUUAUUCAUUUUUGGUUUGUGUAUGAUGAAGUUUUGAAAUUGAAGAAUUUUUCUUUCAACUAAUAGUAAUAAAACUUAUUUCAUAUAUAGAGAUAUACACUUGAAUGUAGAUUGUAUUAUAGUGCCUAAUGUAAUUGUUUUCAAGUUUUCAAUUGAUCUCUUAUUACAUAUAGACAUUUAGUUAUUAGUAUUAUCUUAAUGUGGUUAUUUUCUGAUUGUUAUUGUGCAUAAUAAUAAGACUCAAUUUAAUAUGAUUAUUUGAGUUCACUAUUGUAUGGGCUUUCAUGAAUGGAAAACAGCUAUACAUAUAUAUAUCUAUGUAUAAAGAGAGAAGGAGUCAAAUGAAGCAAUGAUUAAUGAUAUGUAAUUGUAAACUGAUUAAAUUAAUUGGGACCUUAGUAGUAUAUAUACAUAUAACUUCCUCUUUCUAAGUGAUUAACAUACCAGUAUAUUGUAAAUUGUUGUGUAUUAUUGUUCCUAUUUAAGCAUCCAUGGACCAUGUACAAUACUGAUAUAUUAUAUAUAUAUAUAUAUAUAUAUAUAUAUAUAUAUAUAUGUAUAUCAUUGUACUAUCUUUUUAAUAUAAUGUGAUUCACUACUACUCUAUUGCUACUCUACACUUACUAACACUAAUACAACUGCUUAAUUUUUCGACUUAGGGCUGUGAUGUUUAUUAUAUUUUCAUUGU